AUGGAUUUUAAAGACUACAAGACUGGAAAUAUUACAACGCCAAGUUUCCCUGUUGUGGUGAAGAUUGGGCACGCCCACUCUGGAAUGGGAAAGGUCAAGGUGGAUAAUGUGAGCGACUUCCAGGAUAUUGCCAGCGUUGUGGCCAUCACUCAGGCUUACUGUACCACAGAGCCAUUUGUAGAUGCCAAAUAUGACAUAAGGGUCCAGAAAAUUGGCACAGACUAUAAAGCUUACAUGCGAACAUCCAUCUCUGGUAAUUGGAAAAGCAACACCGGAUCUGCCAUGUUGGAACAAUCUCCUGCCGUGAAGGAGGUGCUGAAGGAUCAAGAUGGCAGAAAAGGCCUGAUUGCAGCCAUCUGUGCAGGUCCCACUGCUCUUUUGGCACAUGGAAUAGGCUAUGGCAGCAUAGUCACUACACAUCCUGCCAUGAAGGAGAAGAUGAUGGUUGACGACCACUAUAAAUAUUCAGAGGCCCGAGUGCAGAAGGAUGGCCAUUACAUCACCAGCCGUGGGCCAGGAACCAGCUUUGAGUUCGCCCUGACGAUUGUAGAGGAACUCAUGGGGGCUGAGGUUGCAGAUCAAGUCAAGGCUCCUCUUAUUAUGAAAGACUGAUGGUUCACUUGUAAUCCUGUAAGCUGCACUGCCCAGUAUAACGCUCUGGAAAAACUGAGACAGCUGGUAUAGUUUGGCUUUAGCUGAAAGGAAUGGUAACAAAUUAUUUUUCUAUCAGACACGAGUCUUGAUUUUUAUUUUAUUUUUUUUUCAUUACACUGGUUA